GGAACAACUUGGACAUAGCAUGUCGAAAUGGUUGCGAUAUUAUUCGUUAUUAUUUACCGACUAUAAAUGAUAUCGAUCGCAUGCCACAGUAUAGUUAUCCAUUUAUCUACAUCCAAAACGUUUACGUGAAUGUUGUUAACCAAGCAGUUCACUAUUUUAGAAUUCAAUGGGGCUUUUUGAUAACUUCUCCGAAUCACGACCUGAUUGCUGUACAGUCUGGACCGGAAGUAAUGAUUGCUAUUGAAGAAAUCGAAGAUGGCAGCAAUGAGAAGCAAAUUAGUGAACGUCAAAGACCGGUGGAACGUACUAGUAAAUUUACUGGAUGGUUGGAGUGUAUCUCUUACCAUACUGGGUUACCGGUUUGGCUAGUAUGUGCGACACUUCUUACAUCUGUGUUUGCUUUAAUCGGAUUGUGCUGUAUUUGGGUUUACGAUUCUGACGAUGAAUCUGAUAAUAAAAAGCAAGAAGCCAAAUGUAGAACACUUACUAAACAACCGAUAAUGUGGUCGCCUAACAAGAGUAUUCCUGCCGAUAUCAUUGAAUGUAAACAGCCACUAUUAAUUGAUUCUUCAGUCGUUAAGGUUCCUUUGCAUUCUAAUCUAUAA